AUGACUUCCCCAAACCACACCUCACCGUCCCCCACCCGGCCUUCCGCAAGCAUCCCCGCAAACAACCGUUCACCCUCUACUACAGCCACAUCUCUCAUUCGUCCCCCUCGCUUCUACAUGCUCCGAGCCUUCACCACUCGUCUCCUCCCUCUGGCACUCUUCACAGUCUUCCUCAUCACAGGCACCGUAAUCCUCAUCUAUUCCGUCGUAGACAAACGGGUUGUACCUUCGAAUUUCAUCGCGGGCUCUUAUAUAACCAUCGGUGUUAUUAUUCUUCUAUGGUGUCUAUCACGCUUUAUACUUUUCUUAAGAGAAAGUUUCGGGGAGCUAGUAGUUGAUGAAGCGGAGGCUGGGUUGCAGGGAGUUAAUAGAGUACAUGUAAGAGGAUUGUGGGGAAAAGAAGAGGGGAGAGUCAAGAAGUGUCUGAGAUGGUUGAUGGAGACGCCAAGGAGUGAUGGGUCGAAAUCUCCGGUUGGUGGAUAUGAGAUUGAAAACCACAGUUCACGAAACCGUCGAGAAGUUGAAAGACAAGAACCGCAACUCGCAGAUGAGGGGGUCGAAUUAAGAGAUUUUGGGAUUCAUGAUGGAGAUUCUCGGAUAGCUCAAUCGGGACUUGCACUUCCAUCUCUCGAACGUCUCUCCAACGUACCAGCUCAUUUAUCCAAGCCCCAAAACCAUCCAAAUGAUCCAAAUACCCGAAAUCCAGUACAGCCGCUUGCAACUUCUGACCAACAACUCCCAAGCCAAACCCAAAGAACUCCCGUUCCCCAUCCCCAAGAAACCAGAAACCAUCGAGAACCAACCCUAAACCGGAAAACCAACACAUCCCACGACAGAUUAACAGUACACCACUCCUCACCCCCAAAGUCUCCCCAACCGAUCUCAUACACAAACGACGAAUCACGAGGUGUGACAUCUCAGACUCGCUUAGCACCUCAUAUUUUACCAUUAGCUCUACAGAUUAAUCCCAGUUCUACAAACUCGAUCGCUCGGGCUCGUCCGUCGAAAAUAACAAGACCGCUUACGCAGAGCUCGUGA